CUCCCCCAAUGCCUACUUUGUGUCUGUGGCGCUGCGCUCGCUUCACACACACCAGCCCCCCGCCAGCCGCAGGCGCGCCCCUAGUAGCACUUAGCAGCAGCAGCAGCAGCAGCAACAGCCGUGCAGGCCGGCCUCCUGCCCACUCCGAGCCGGCGCGGGCUGCCCUCGGAAGGAACGGUUGGUUCGGCUGGCUGGAGCGAGGAUCUCUGGCGUCUCUGUGCAGUUUUGAACCUGCUUUUCCUCACUUUGAUCAUUACAUUUUUAAAAAAGGAAGCCAGUCUGGCAAAAUCCAAAGGCCAAAGUUGAAAUCGGAGGGUUGUAUCUUGCCUGCCAGGUCAGGGAUAUACAGACAGGCUGCCUAGGGCUUGUGGGUGUGAAGAUGGAUGGCAGAGCAGCUGCAGAUGGAGGCUCUGCUCCACGGGAGAAUGGUGUGACAGCCACCAGUGAAGCGGCACCAGCUGCUCGUCUGCCUUCAGCAAAACGAAAACCCAGCAAGACCACUCAGCCAGCAGCUGUCGCAUCUCGCCCUCCCACAGCUCCUGGUGGUGUUUCCAAGACACUCAACAAUGGCCCAGCUAAGAAACCGAAUGUCUCUCAGACCAAGCCCCUGGUCCCUAAGAACAGUGCCAUUAACAACACAUCUGGUAGGGUGGCAGUGAAAAAGGCAGUGGGGGAGAAACCCAAUGGGUUGAUGGCUUUGGAAAAAGUGGUCCAGAAAAAGGAGGUACAACAAAAACCAGCAAAAGGGGCAUCACAGCCUACAGUGUCUGCCCCAAAGUCAACUGCCACAAAGUCCAAGAAAGCUGAACAGCCGAAGCCCACCAGGACUUGGUUGCCAGGGACUAAGAAUGCAACUUCUUCAUCAGCCCUGAGCAGAGCACCGGUCAAUGACAAAGGCAUAGGCAAACCUAAGCACACAGUACCACCUGCUGGUCAGGCUGCAGCAGUGCAGCAGCCAAAAACCACCCUGACCACAACAAGAGAUCCUACCAGAGCCACUACCAUGCCAAAGGCCAAGCUUUCAAGCACUAACCCCGCUGUGAAAAAGUUACCUGCCACCAAACCUCUCAAAUCUGCAAACUCCAAAUUGCAAUCUGAGCCAAGCCUUGGACAGAAGAAUGUAACCAUGCCUAAGAAUCCCAGGCUUUUGGAGAAGAAGCUUUUGGAGGCACCUAAGCCCAGAACUCCUAUCAAGACAACUGCUGGAAGCACCCGUCCAGCAACACCAUACAAAACUCCUGUGCCCAAGGUACUGGCUGCAGGCAGCAGUCCAGGCAAGAAGCUUCUCAAGAAAGAUAGCCUUCCAAGCAAAGAUCAAGCUGCUGCUCCAAAAAAGCUUCAGAAGGCAACUGAUCAAAGGAAUGCCAAGCCAGCCAUUGGUGAAAAAAGUUUGCCUAUUGAGGAUACAAAGCCUAUGGAACUGCAGCCUACAACCGAGGUAGAGACUGAUGCCCAGCUUCUCUUAAAAGAAUCUGUUGCCAGCAGGCUAGAAGCUCAAGAGACCGAGCAAAGUGUGCCAACGGACGAGGGAGGGAGGGAGGAUAGGGUUGGGUGCCUGGGCACCAUGGUUCCACAAAUGUCAACUCCAAUACUGGAGGAAGUACCUCUGGUCUUUCCUAGUCCACAACAUGUGAAGGUCUCUUCUCCCCGUGGAAGGCCUAACUUGCCUGUCCCUGAGAUCUCAGAGCUACCAGAAGAAACACCAAAUUUGCACUCAGAACUACUCUGCCAACUACCUUCUCUUACUCAUUUGGCACCUGAUUCCCAGACUCCACCAUUGGAAUCUGUGCAGCCUUGUGGAGAAAGCACAGACUUCCAGGACUUGAAGGAACAAGCACUUCCACACUCAGAUAUUCCAGUUCCCCCUGAGCAGCUAUACCCAUUGCUUGAAACUGCACUAUCUUGUGAAGAUGUCUGCCACCUAUCCAUCUCCUCCUUAGAUGAAGACUCCCAGAUACUGGUUAAAGAGGAGCUUCCUGUGCCAAGCUGUGUGGGAGGACUUCCUUCUCCUGCCUCCUUGGUCGUGUUUGCUGAAGAAGUCCAACCUGUGACACUGGCAGGAAUGCAGGAAGAGACUGCCUUCCAGGUGAAACAGUCUCCCUCAGCCAGCCUGGUAGAUUCUCCUCUGAGAAUUAUGGUUGAGCCUCAGACAGCUGAGGAUGGUGAAGGACAUGGUGGCUUUGACAAAAUGGCUAAGGCAUCCGCCCAGCCUCUGUAUGAAGAGGAAGAGUGGCAGAGGAAAGUGUUUCCUGUGGAGGAUGAGACGUUAAGGAUGAGCUGCACAGACUUUGAAGGAAAAGUAUAUUUGAAUACUGAAGGUGCUCAGGAGUUAGCCACUCCUCAGACAGAAGAGCUGAAUAGAGCUGUCGUUCUUGCUGAAGAUGGGAUAGUGGAAGCUCAACCUCUAGAAAAGCAUCCAGAUACCAGUCAGGGUGUCGUGGACAAGUCUUCUCUCUCUUUCCCUGUGGAUGCUGUGGCCUUGCUCCCUGCAGAGUCAAUGGGAGAUGCUGAUGCCGGUCAUGGUGGUGUGUCCGGCUCUGUGGGUGAAUGUUCUUGCAUUGGAGGCCCUGGGGGUGAUGCUGUGGCUGAGGUGUGUCUUGGUAGCCUGAAACCAGAGGAUGCUCCCAAAUGCGAAGAACCAGAUCCUUUGCCCCGUCUUUCAGGGGAGGUGUCACCUGGUAGCGGCAUUGGCCAGCUGUCGAUGCCCAAACCUCAGACUCUGCCCUUGAAGAGCCUAGAGCUUUUGCAGGAGCCACCUACUCAGCUUCCUGAAGCCCCUGAACUCCUGUUGAGUUGCUCAGUGCUGAACGGCCACUCCCCUGAAAGAGGAGGCUCCUCCUCCAAGUCCAGCACCUUAAGCGGUCCUGAUCUGGCUGGCAAGAGCAGCAGUGAGACCAGCACCCCAGAGGAGCUGCGGGACUAUGACAGUAGCUCGGGAGUGGAGUCCAAAUCUGAUGAGAAACUGGAGCAGACCUGCCACCAGCUGCUGAGCCCCCUGGAGGACCUUCCUGGUGAGCUAGACCUGGGCAUCCACAUGGAGAAAGGAGAUGAUGAGGCGGAGACUCUGCCAGCUGACGAAAUCCUUGGCGACCCACCUACUGAACCUACGGUGUCCUCAGAGGAGGAAGUGGACCUGGACGCAGACCUCCUGAAGGACCCGGCCUUCACAGAAACGGUGUGUCUGUCCAGGUCUCCACCUGGCAAGCCCUCCUUGGCCCACUCAGUGGAGGAGUCUGACGAGCCAGGCUCUGGUGAUGCCGGCACAGAGACCCCUGCUUCUACCAAUUCAGCGGCUUCUUGUGAUGUCUUUGGUGCUUUCCACCUCCAUUCCACUGACAGCUGUGGCAAGAGUCCUGGCCUUUCUUCCCUGGAGAGCGAAGAGCAUUCCACAGAGGGCAGCAAGGAACCACUCCCUAAAGAGUCCCAUAGCAAGACGCCCGUGGAUUGGGAGCACCCGGCACCGGCCACACCAGCCUCCCAGAAGACCAGAGUGCAGGAUGAAGAGGCAUCCCUGCCUUUCGCUGCCACUCAUAAUCUGGCUGCAGGUGACAAUGGAGCUGGUUUGCCCUUCCCCUGGGGCCCAUGUCCAUCAGAGAUCCUCUCCACUAUCUAUGAAGUAGAGGGUGGUGCUGAGACGCCUGGCCUGGACGACGAAGACGGGAGUUGCUGCUCGUGUGCUGCCUCUCAAGAGCAGGGCCUUCACCUGGGAAGCAUCCAGGCUACAGUUGUGCAGCAGCUAAUCAGCCGGACGCUGCUUUUCUCAGCAGAGGCACCUUCUGGUGCUGUUGGUGGGAAGGGGCCUGUGAACACCGAAGCUGAGAUUAGCAAAUGGACGGAACUGAUAUCCCCUCUGGACGAAUCACGGGCCAGCAUCACUUCAGUGACGAGCUUCUCCCCUGAGGACAUGUCAUCCCCCCAUGGGGACUGGACUGUGGUAGAGGUAGAGACCUUUCACUGACUUCUCCCUAGUUUUAAUCUUGCAGCCAUUUUUUUUUUUUGGUUAUUGGGUCCUUUAUGCAUCCUUUUUUAUAUUCUGACUGGGCAUUUUGAUGGUGCCUUAGACUCUGAACAUUAUAUGACUGAAGAUAUCCUUUUCUUCUCCCCUUUUUGGGCAGCUAAUGUCAGUUGCUAAAGUUGAGGUGAUUUGUGCUGUGUGCUGUGGGUGCAGUUGAGCAUACCAGAGUAAUUCCUGUUCAUCCCUUGCAAAAACAUGCAAAUUCACUUUUGAGCUGCUAUUGGCUUACUGGGUUAUUCAGCCUUUUUAUGCUACUUUAGGUCUUCAGUUAUAUGCAAUAGGUUCUCUUCAGUACAGGAGACCAGUCGUGAGUAUAAUUGCCUGAUUAAAAUGUGCAAACUCAAGGAUGGCCCAUUCUCUCACUAGAGGCUGCAAUAGUGCAGAAACGGGCCACUAACUUGACACCACUGCUGCUGGCCCUGAGGUUUAUACUACUGGCCAGGGCAAACAGAUUGGCAUCUUGCUCUUUUAAUUCACAGAGGGAAUCAAUCAGUAAAAAUGCCUUCCUUCCCAUAUUUGACUACAGCUGUCAAGGACCUUUAUAGACCAGGAAGAGAGAUUAUUUCACCAUCCUGUCUGAGGGCAACAUCUUGUAUUUGUGUCCAGUUAUAGGUAAGGUUUUGUCCACUGAAGGGAUGUAGCAGACUUUGUGGAUAAAGAAAUGUUUUCUCCUAUAAACAGUGACUUUGGAACAAAUUUAAUACACCAUCUUUUCAAGAGCUGAUCACUGCCAACAGCUAAGGAGGCGGUCGGCAAUAGGACCUUGAGGUACAGAUGGAGAUCUGCACCCUGCACGAUAAGGGGAGAAGAGAAAUACGGCUCACUCUGAUAUUCCGUUUUAGAGCGAGUUUUGGAAAACCUGAACUUGGAGUUGGGAAGGAGUCUUGUUGAUAUAAAUAUACAAUUCAGCACCUUAUAAUGAAGCUGGACCAAGCAUCAAAGUUAACACGUUCAUUUGACUCUUUGUACCAGCAGAUAGUUCAGGCAGGUUUCAUAAACUCAGCAGGGUUGGCCUCACAGAUAUUUAGAUAUGUCCAAGGAAUAUAAGGGUUGUGAUGCAGAGGAAGGCCAUUGCAAACCAUCUCUGAACAUCUCUUGCCUUGAAAAACCCCCAGGGGCCACCAUGUCAGAUGUGACUUAACAGCAAAACAAAAGCACUUCCCUCUUGCCAACUAUAACUGUCCAGCCAGAGGGAUCACCUGCCUUGGCUAUGACCAAAGGUAGUUCACCCUGAUGAAGCUUUCUAUAUUAACGGUACCUUGUAGUAAGAACCUCUGCCACUUAUGCUCUAUAAAGGGACUUCUAAGAGUGAAAACUGACAAAAUACUAUUCAGUCUAUACUUUGUGUUAACUAGGAGAUGAACUAAUUAUUGAUUCUAUAGUGGUUUCUUGAAAAGGGCAGAGAAACUCUUCAGCUGCUUUAUGGCUGUGGAAGCAAAUUGUAGUGGGGUGAGGGGAUAUCUUGCUUCAGUCACUAUUUUCUUCCUAUUAAGUGUAGGAGGAAGUACAGCUAUUAGCAAUCCAAACGAGUUAUUUCAGAUCGGAAUGGUUAUGCCUGUCCUUCUCCAUCAGACUGUGCCUGGAAAUAGUGACUGUUGCUAGAUGACCACUGGGUUAGAGGAUGAGUUUCACAUCAGUAAUGUUUAUCAGAUGGAAAAGUUUGCCUUCUAUCUUCCCUUCACCUGAACCCACCAUUAACCUCCCAAGUGAUGCUUCUGGAACCUACCAAAUCGCAGACUUGUGACAAGAAGUAUUACGGCAUCAAUCAUAUCGCAAGAGCAGCCUUAUGUCUGUCAGAUCCUCUCCAUGUGUACCAAGAGGCGUGGAGAUGCCUUCCUUUUCUGAACUCAGCAAUAUCAGCAGGUAAUUUCCCCACCUCCAAAACUGUUUUCCAGCCUACUUUGUAGAAACAUGGAUUUAUUUAUUUUUUUAAAUUAAAAAUGCAUGCACCAAGAUUAGGGGACUCUAUAACCACUCCUCCCUUAAGAUGCUAACCCACCUGGUUCCUAGCUGAAGGGAAGCGGUCAACAUUAGCCCUAUCCAGUAGCCUUGAAUGCCCGCCCCCCCCUCCAGGAGGUGGGCAGAAAAAUGGUGCACCAACUUUUAAAAUAGAUUAUUCGAGCGAAGGCGACUGCUAUCCUAUCAGUUGCCAUGUGUUUAAACCUUUGCUGAGGGUACAUGGUCUUCCCUCCUGGUCUGUGAUGUAGGGAUAUUUUUCAGAAGGCUUCCAUCUGGGUAACACCAGCCUAGUUCUGCAUUUGCCAUGCACGUAGGCAAGCUGCUGCUUCCUCCCGUGGUCUGAGCAGCCAAGGUAAUACCUUUAGGAACAGAGCCUCAUUACCUGUAGCAACAUGUGGACCUGGGUAACAAUUUUCCCUAUUUCAUGUUUGUUACUCCUUUUGUAAUGUAGCAAACUGUAAGUGAUAGAUUUACUUAGUUUUUUAAAAUAAAAAUGAAUUUGAGUUUC